AUGUUUUUCUCCAUUACCGAAAAGGCUUGGGUUCCUUCUUCAGUUUUUUAUAAAGCUGCCGCUUUCGUAGCCUUCAAUAUUCAGAUAUCUUCAUCAACCAAAUCUAGCAGAAAGAUCAAGGAAAUCAGUAGUGGUUUAAAUGAAGGGAUACCUAGCAUUGAAGUUGACUUAUGCUCAACCACACCGGCGGACAGGAGAAGGUGCAAUAAAAAGACGAUAUCUCAAAGGAAAUCUAUACAACCGCCUCCCAAGCCACCUGAAACUCUAGCCAGCAAUCAAUGCUGGAGAGGAAUAAUCAUGAACACAAAUGGGGGAGUAAAGGCAGCUCAGAUAGCGUUGGGAAGGAGGGAUACUAAAGAGAAGCAGAAGGAAGCAUGUCCCAAGAAAGAUCCACACAAUAGAAGUCACCAGUAG